CUUCGGAAGUACUUCUUUCGCUGUCGCUGUGUUUGUUGACACAGAUAACCUAGUUAGCCUGAUAUGGGGUCAAUCACAAGGCUCACCAGAGGAAUAACCAUGGCUUCAUAAAGAAAGUCCAUAAGAUGUUGAUAACAUUAUGUUACGUGUAUCUAUGGGUGCGCUGCCAGAAGUGUUACUCGGUGGUGAUAAAGAAGACACUGCGACGGCGCCUUGCGGAGAACCGCUCGAUCAGCUUCACCUUCUCCGUCCUCAACCCAGAGAGACCCCCGACCUGCUACGACCAGGCGGUACACACACAGCCGACCAACGACAAUGGUUUACACACACACCAGAAGUCCUCUCCGCCAGAAGAAACCAUCUUACUGAAGCUCCGGAAUAAAGCUGUGUACAUCACGGAGCACCAGGUAUGCCUCGACCUCACCAGGUGGACUCUGUUGGGGUCUGCUAUGGUGGGUGGCCAAAGGAUAGAGGACGUUUCAUUCAUUGUGGAAGGCCCUUUGGGAAAGGAUGUUGUCCAGCCUCCUCCUCAGACAUCCAAUAAGAAAGUGCUGAAGUGGUCUGAUUACUGUAUCCCCCUGGCCUGUAGCCCUGGCCCACCCUUCAAGGCUGUGGCCCAAGCCACUCUGGAUAACUUCAGUCGUCUGGGAGUGGCCUUCAUGGAAGAUCGUCUGCGGCUCGACAAUGGUCUCAUGCCUUCAAAAAUUGUCUCGGUCAUCCUCCAGGAGUCCAACAUCAACACGCUGUUUGAGAAGCUACGUUCAAACAGCCCCUUGUCAGCCAAUUCACUGAUUUCGGAAUCGUGCAAAAGGUUAGCGGAGGACCAGCAGAAGCCGUGCCGGAAGGGGAGCCUUCUCCUGGAUCCAGAGGCCAGGAGAAGGCUGGACGACAGGAGGGGUUCGGAGCCUCUCUGCAGUUCCCUCGGUCAGGGGUCCCUGGUCAGGGAGGAGGGUCGCUCAUCGAGGAACACGGAGCACAUGGAGGGCCACGGCCACCACCUCCAUCUGUCCAGCUGCAACGAGUGUCUGGAGCUGGAAAACAGCACAAUCCUCUCGGUCAAAUUCGCCUCAGCCGAAAACAUUCCCAACCUUCCCGACGACGACGGCGACGACUCCUCCUGCGUGGACGGCGGCGUCGGGACUCUGGCUGAGUUUGAAGAUGACGCGGGGGGACUUCCCAGUCUCAACGGCCUGGUCGGCGGCAAGCCGCCCAACGUGCUGGUGUUCACGGCCGGGUGCCAGGAGCGCUUCCACAGAAUCCACCAGCUGCUGACCGAGUGCGUCGACACGGACGGCAGUGUGGUGUACCACCUCCGGCCCGAGCAGGUGCUGAGUGAGCCGUGGCUGGAGAGCACCAAGCUCUUGGUGCUGGCAGAAGAAGAGCCUCUCUCCCCUCAGCUGCAGGCCCGCUUCCUCAGCUACCUGGACCAGGGGGGCCGGGUCCUGGGGCUGUCCUCCACCCUGUGCCCCGCGGGGCUCUCCCUGGACAGGCCCACGCGGCACAGCGGCAAGCGGGCGAAGACGUUGAGCUUCACCAGGGAGGACAGCACGGAGCUGGAGCUCAGUGUGCUCCCCAGCGGGAGUGUGUUUGUGAGAGACGUGGUGGGCGGCGGGGAGGUCGAGCUCUGGGGGGAGCUGAAGGGGGCUGUCUCGCAGGGCCGGACGGACAUGGUCAUUAUCAGGAUAACGCAUGGUGACGACGGCGGGGAGGCGGUCCUGUGUCAGGUACACCUGGAGUUGGCUCCUAACUGUGAAGCUGUGGCUUCAGAAUGCUAUGAUAAGCUAAAGGUUAGCAAUGCAAGGCGCUACGAGGUGCUGACUGAAAUCCUCACCUCCCUGGGCCUGAACUGUGAGCUAAACCAAGCCCCGGUGUCGAGCCCCAUCUACCUUCUCUCGACCUCGUUGGCCAGCGAGGCCAGCUUCCUGAAAACGUUGCAAAGCUCUGUGGACAAAGACUCGUACCUCAGGCUGCCCAAGGUGUCUCUCAAGGUGGUGUCCAGCGCUGAGCCCGACGGCCUGGUCCUGGAAGCAGGCUGCCUGGCGCUGGUGACCCGUCCUCCAGAGCCCCCCAGCUGGGACCACUUCAGCUUGGACACCUACAAGAGCCACCUGCGCACACGCACCCUGGGGCGCACCGUGCUCUACGCCGACGUGACCCCCACCACCAUGGACCUGCUGGAAGGGAUGGUUGUGAACUUACCGGAGAACGUUGGGUUGAUCGCUGUAGCCGGUCGACAGAGCCACGGCCGAGGUCGGGGAGGUAAUACCUGGCUGAGUCCGUUGGGCUGUGCCAUGUUUACUCUGCAUGUGAAAGUGGCCCUUGGCUCCAGACUGGGUCAGAGGAUCCCCUUCCUGCAGCACCUGGCUGCCCUGGCCGUUGUGGAGGCCGUGUGCACCCUGCCCGGUUACCAAGACAUAGACUUGAGAGUGAAGUGGCCGAAUGACAUCUACUACAGCAACAAAAUCAAGCUGGGAGGAGUGCUGGUUACCUCCACACUCAUGGGGUCAGACUUCCAUCUACUUAUAGGCUGCGGCUUCAACGUCAGCAACAGCAACCCCACCAUCUGCCUCAACGACCUGGUGGCCCUCCACAACCGCGAGCACGGCACCAGCCUGGCACCACUGAGCAUCUCUCUGCUGAUCGCUCGCUCCGUCUCCACCCUGGAGGCCCUCAUCGCAGACGUCCAGGAGAAGGGGCCUGACGCCGCACUGCCCACCUACUAUAAGAGAUGGAUGCACAGCGGGACGCGGGUGCGGCUGUGGAGUGCCGACGGCCCCGAGGCCGAGGUGGUCGGUCUGGACGACAACGGCUUCCUGCAGGUGUACAGCAAGGAGCAGGGCGUGGUCUCGGUGGAGCCCGACGGGAACUCCUUUGACAUGCUGAUGAACCUGGUGGUGUCAAAGCAGCACUAGGGCCGCACGCAAACGACCAACGGUGUCCUCCGUGACACGACGUCCCGCCCGUUCUAUCGUAUCGAUGAGUACGCCUUGCCGCAGGGACUGCAUGUCUGGACUCGUCUUCUGCACCGCGAGGUCGAACCCUGCACCCGCGGGCUGGGAAUUCAUUCUGUGUUUGUAUGCUAAGCCUAGUCUUCAAUGGAUUCUGUACUGUGUAUCAAACAAAGAUCAAUUGCAAUUGAAAAUUCCAGUUGAUUUUUUAACGUGGAUCUCGCAUUUGUAUGUAAAUAUUUCCUGUUCAUGGCGUCUCCAUGAAGCUAAAACUAGCUCUUAAUUAGUGAUCAUUCCAGAUGGUUUAAAAACAUGUUGAAUGCAUCCUUUUUGCGAUUUAACAUGGCAAACCACAAACACUUUAUUUGCGACUAAGAGUUUUCUUAAUUUAGGUUGCUCUAUUGAAUGGUGUGUUGUAGCAUUAGAACUGUAUCUAGAGAAAAAUUGGUCAUUGUCGGCUAAUUUAUUCAAACAAAGACUGGCUUUAAUAAGUGUGGAUAUGUAUUGUAUCUGUUCAUCAAUACCACAAACCUUUAUUUAAAUAUUGCAGUUUAACUGAUAAUGGCAUCCUUCCUUCCGACAGGGUUUUGGGGAGUUCUUCCUUGUGUCAAAAGUAAUAAAGAAAAUUUAAUCGAAA